GUGAUUUCCUGUGAGCUGUCAAAUUCAGACGCAGUCUGUGUGGACAGAUUUGACAUUGGCUCGAUCUGCCAGAAAAUGAGCCAUACAAACAGGACUUUAGAAACAACACUUACUCCAGAUCAGCCGCUCAGGGGCCUUCACUUCAAUGGGACGUUGAUGGGGUGCAAAGCAGGAUGUUUAGAUGCAGAUUGCGGAAGUAACGUUUUUCAGUUUGAGUUGCAACUUUGGUGGAGAUGUUUGUCGACUUGUAUUUUAUAUAAAGCAAGAAGAUUGGUUUCCGAAGAUUUGUUAUUAUAGAUGAAGUGAAGGGAGAAUAAAAUGGAGGAGCACAAUGCUGUCAACUUCACAAGACUUCUGUCAGAUGAGAGCACACUUUCCACCAUGUCGUCGGACUCCUGUGAGUACUAUCAGACAGAGAUAUUUGAUCAGCUGCCCAGCAUCCAGACCAGCCGGCUUGGGCAGGACAGACAGGGUCUCUGGGAAACCUGCGAGGCCCACCAGGGUGGCCCAGAAGCGGGAGAGAGGAUCAGCCAUGGCCACCUGUCCAGAGGACCCAAAGACAAGGCAUUUACACAGCCGCCCAGGAACCUGGUCAUGUGUAUUCAGGGGAGGAGAGACGCCAGGGACAGGAGGAAGAUGCAAAUCAGCAAUAUCGGUUUUUGGGAGUCCUGGAGGCGGAGCCAGAGCAUCAACAGGAGGAGGGUUUGGGCGCAAAUGGGAGAAGCUUUAUCAGGCCUGUUACCAUGGCUGCACACUCUCCACACCAUCGAAGGCAGGUUUGGAGUUGGCGUGAAGGCUUAUUUUGUGUUCCUCAGAUAUCUGGUUUUCUUGAACCUACUUCACUCUGCUCUUCUCUGGGUUUUCAUUCUGGGGCCUACAACAUUAUAUGGCAGGAGCAACAGCAGUAAGCCUUUGAAGUUUGGAGGCAAUGACUCGGUUUUGGAUUUCUUCCUGGGAUCGGGCUACCUGGAUCGUUCUCCGGUCUUCUUUAGUUUCUAUACUCGUGGUUCCCUGAAUUUCCAGUGCUUGAAUACACCUCUGUUGUACCUUGCUGGAAUACUCAUCAUCCUCUUCCUCAGUCUCAUCCUGGUGGUCCGUAGAAUGACGGUUGGCUACAAGCACACCUGGAUGCUCGGGAAGCGUUACAGUAUGAACGUGAGCUACAAGAUCUUUUGUGGUUGGGACUUCACCAUCCAGGACACUACUGCUGCCAUUCUCAAACACAGCUUCAUCAGAAACGAUCUCAAGCUGUUCCUGGAGGAGCAGAGUUUCUCUCUGCGCGAGGCUCAGAGGACACUUGGACUGAGGGUGCGGCUCUACCUGCUCAGGUUUGUCCUCAACCUGCUCGUUCUGUCCCUGCUGGGUGGAGCCUUUUUCCUCAUCUACUUCGCCACCAAAACAUCACAGCAGGAGAGUGGGCACUACUGGCUGUUCAGCCUGGUCCUCGAGUACCUCCCUCCAAUCACCAUCACCGUUGUCAACCUGCUACUCCCUCACAUGUUCCGCAAGAUCUCAUCUUUUGAGGACUACUCUUUCACCAUGCAGGUCAAUGCCACUCUUGUGAGGAGCAUCUUCUUGAAGCUGGCCUCACUGGGGAUCUACUUAUUCUUCAUCUUCACAACAAGAGAGCGUCAGAAAUAUUCCUUUCACUGCAGGGAGAACAUGUUCGGUAGAGAGAUGUACAAGCUGUGUAUCUUCAACUUCCUCGCCACUUUCUGCGACACCUUUCUCUUGAAAUACCCCAGGAAGCUGCUGCAGGAGAAGUACCCAUCAUCCUUGCUGGCCCGGUUGUCGGGGAAACAGCGUUUCCUGAUCCCUUUCAAAGUGUUGGAUCUGGUGUACAGUCAAACAGUGUCCUGGGUGGGAGUCUACUACUGCCCUCUACUGCCUCUGAUAGGAACUGCCACACUGAUGGCCACCUUCUACAUCCAAAAGUUCACGGUACUGCGGUGCUGUGUGGCAGAGCAGAGGAUGUUUCGAGGAUCCAGCUCCUCCGUUCUAUUCCACUUCAUGUUGCUGCUCGGCCUCCUAAUGGCUGCAACCACACUGGGCUUCAACCUCUACCAGCAGGAAGCCACACAGAACGAAAACAUGUCCUCCUGUGGUCCAUUUGGAAAUGGAGAAACUGUGUUUAAUGUGACAGGCGUGUGUGUGAACAGCUUCCCAAGCCCGGCACAAACCACGCUCCGCUACCUGGCCUCUGAGGCCUUCGCCCUGCCGCUCAUACUAGCUGAGAUUUUAAUCUUAACCUCGUAUGUGUCACGGAGACGAGCCAAUCAGAAGGCCAUAGAGAGACUGAAAGACAUGCUGGUUAUGAGCAGCUCAGAUAAGCGUUUCCUGGUUAAACAGCACGCCACGAUGCUCAGAAGUCAGAGAAAAACCCACGGAGUCUGUUCUGGAGCCAUUGAAGAGGACGCUCCUCACCCCCUUUAGGCAUACUAAAGGAUUAAAGUCCCUAAACUGGCCAGGCCAUCCCCAUAUUUAAUAUAAAGCUUAAAUAUAAAGCUGUGCUUUUAAGUUGUAUAUUGUGAGUUGAAAUGUGUGCAGUGGGUUUCUGCUUUCUGCUUCAUUAAACUGUAAAAUUGGAGAAAUUGUA